AUGCGAAACAGAAAGUUGAAAGAUUGUAAUUCGAAUGACAUCCAAGUAAAGGGAACCGCAAAUAUGGUUGAGAAAAUAGCUGUUGUUGGUGCUGGUAUAUCUGGCUUGUCUACAGCCCUAAAUAUACAGAAACAUGUACCCGGGGCACUAGUGACAGUCAUUGCUGAUAAGUUCUCCCCUUAUACACUCAGUGACCACCCUGCAGGUUUCUGGCAGCCUUAUUUACUGAAGGACACUCCUGUUUUCCUCCAAAGAAAAUGGGGCUCUGACACAUUCCAGCACAUGUUCGAAGUGUUUAUGUCUAGCAAUGCAAACCAGACAGGCAUCCAAAUGUUAUCCAGUUAUGCGCUCUUCAAUGAACCUGCUGCAGAUCCAGAUUGGAAGGAUACUGUGUUUGGAUUCAGGCAUAUGACACCAAGGGAAUUAGAAAAAUGGCCAAAAUAUAAUUAUGGCUGGUUUUUCACCUCAUUUGCUGCUGACUGCACAAUAUACACACAGUGGCUGUUAGAAAAAUUUAAGUCACAAGGUGGAAAUUGCAUCCAACAGAAGUUGCAUAGUUUACAUGAGUUGCAAGGGGAGUACAGUGUUGUCGUGAAUAGUGCAGGGUUGGGUGCAAGGGAGUUAGUCAGUGAUCCUCUAGUCUCACCUGUUAGGGGUCAUGUUAUAAGAGUGAAGGCCCCUUGGGUGAAAUUAGCAAUAAGUUCAGAGAACUUGAGUGAAUUCUAUAUACUCCCAGGUGUGGAGAGUGUGGUCUUGGGUGGGACCCGUGAAAAUGGAGUGUAUGACACAACACCCAAAGAAGAAGAUAAACAGAGGAUUAUAGAGGGCUGUUGCGGUCUCAUGCCAAGUAUUAAGAAUGCCGAGAUCCUAGGAGAAUGGGUGGGUCUGAGACCAGGAAGGCCGAGUGUUAGGGUGGAGCAUGAGAUUCUAUGCAAAAAUGACAAGCAGCUAAAUGUGGUACAUAACUAUGGUCAUGGAGGAGCUGGGGUGACAUUGCACUGGGGCUGUGCCAGAGACGCAACCAACAUGGCAUAUGGGAAAACUAAAGCAUUUCAAGCUGAACAGAGACGUGAAGAGGACUCGACUGGACAACAAGUUAUAAUUCAGGAUGCUAGCUCUAGUACUGUGUAUGUAGAGACUACAUGGAAGGCAGGUCCAGCUUUCAAGGGAAAGAGUGUGGAAUUUGUGAAGCGUCUAUGUGGUGUUAUUGAGGGUGAACUAGGACCUAUCCUAGAGGAAAAAGUCCAUGAUAUUACCCCUAAUUCCAUCCCCGACUCCUUCGACUCUCGCACCAAGUGGUCCAACUGCCCAACCAUUGCAGAGAUUAGAGAUCAAUCUGACUGUGGAUCUUGCUGGGCUUUUGGUGCAGUUGAGGCAAUGUCUGACCGUUACUGUAUUGCAUCCAUGGGCAAAGUGAACAUACAUGUCUCCUCAGAGGAUCUGCUGUCUUGUUGCCAUUUAUGUGGUAAUGGAUGUAAUGGAGGUUUCCCUGCAGCAGCCUGGAAGUAUUGGCAAGUAGAGGGUCUCGUAUCAGGAGGACAGUACAAUUCCAAGACUGGCUGCCGUCCUUACACUCUCCCUAAAUGUGAGCACCAUGUCAGUGGACCAUACCCCCCAUGUGGAAAGUCUGAGUACCCAACACCCAAGUGUGAGAAAAAAUGCGAGACUGGAUUCAACAUGACAUACAAACAGGAUAAACAUUAUGGCAAGAGUGCAUACUCAGUGAGUCGCACUGUGGAGCAGAUUCAGACUGAGAUCAUGACCAAUGGACCAGUAGAGGGCGCUUUUACUGUAUACGCUGACUUCCCAACAUACAAAUCUGGUGUGUACCAACAUGUGUCUGGCAGAGCUCUAGGAGGACAUGCUAUUAGGAUCCUUGGAUGGGGAGAGGAGAAUGGAACCCCAUAUUGGUUGGUUGCUAACUCAUGGAACCCUACCUGGGGAGACAAAGGUUACUUCAAGAUCUUGAGAGGAAAAGAUGAAUGUGGAAUUGAAGGUCAGAUCACUGCUGGGCUACCUAAGUUAUAAUAAACUACACAUUCGGGAUACUCUCCACGUGCCACAUUGAGUUAACUACUUGCAGUAUUUGACACAAUGAGUUAAAUUCAUUCAGCAUUUUGACACAAUGAAUUAACUUCAUGUAACAUUUGACACAAUGAGUUAACUUAAUGGAGCAUGAAAGGAGUUGAACAUGCCUCAACUUUCCAUUCCCAGCCAUAUUUUACAGACUACAGUGACAAAAUACUCUAAAUAUAAUAAUAUAAACUAUAGAUGGAGACAUUUAACAGAGGUUUUUGUCUUCAAUUUGUUCGAGCACACAAUACGCAAUAACAAUGAUGUACAUAGAAUCGAAUGCAAUACUGUAUUGAGUCUAUUGACAUAUGCUAUGUUUAGUAUAUCCAAGGCAAUGCUUGUUUUCAUGUAUUUAACUUAUUUUGUUGAUCGUGCUGUUAAUUUAAGAGGAUGUCAAAGAGAUGAAAUAGUUCUUUCUAUUAUGCAAUGUACCAUAAUUAAAUGUAUUGCUCAACUACUUUUGUGUGAGUGAAUAUUUCAAGUAAGAAUGAAUUUAUAUAUGUCAUUUUUAAUGUUUUAUGAAAUAAAUAAUUUUUUAAGAUAAAAUACACAUUUUAGAGCUUUCAUGUAAACAUUGAUUUGAUAUACAUGUAGUUUAAA